CGCAUCAUUACUUUAGCCCUAAUUUCUCGGUGGGGAGCUCACUGAUUCCAUUUCAAUUUCUCCAAUUCCCACCGCUCCUAAAUCCUCUCUCUCUAGGGUUUUCGCAUGGAGUCCGAGGACGAUAUGCACGAUGCCAAUGAAGUGGCGUCGGUGGAGGAGGACGACAACUACUACAGCGGCGGGGAGGAGGACCACGACAUGGACGAGGACUACGGCUACGACUACGCCGAUGAAGAGGACGACGACGAUGCUGCUGAUUACGACUUCAUCGCCAACUCGGAUGACGGCGAUGACGCACUCGUCAGUCGGUCGCAGAAGAACUAUACUAUCUUAAAAGAAGAAGAUAUACAACGACGCCAAUUCGAAGAUAUUACCAAAAUAUCAACUGUUCUUUCUAUUCCACGGGAAGCAGCAUGCAUACUAUUGAGGCGCUAUAACUGGAGUGUGAAUAACGUGCAUGAAGAAUGGUUUGCUGAUGAAGAAAAUGUUCGCAGAGCUGUUGGCAUAUUGGAGAAACCAGUCGUGAAGUCUCCAAGUUACAAAGAAGUGUCUUGCGGGAUCUGUUUCGAGAGCUACUCUAUUGGAAAACUACAAACUCUUGCAUGCUCUCACCUUUUUUGUGACACGUGCUGGAAAGCUUACAUAAGCACUUCCAUCAAUGAUGGUCCUGGAUGCUUGGUGCUGAGGUGUCCUGAUCCAUCCUGUGGUGCUGCUGUUGGCCAAGAUAUGAUUGAUAAGUUAGGUUCCCAUGAGGAUAAAGAGAAGUACCGCCGCUAUCUUCUUAGAUCUUAUGUUGAGGACAGCCGUAAGAUUAAGUGGUGCCCUGCUCCUGGUUGCGAUUCAGCCGUGGAAUAUGUUGUUGGUAGUGGAAACUAUGAUGUCACUUGCAGUUGUUCAUAUAGCUUCUGUUGGAAUUGUGCAGAAGAAGCUCAUCGGCCAGUAGACUGUGAAACCGUGGCUAAGUGGGUUUUGAAAAACAGUGCAGAAUCCGAGAACAUGAACUGGAUUUUGGCCAACUCCAAGCCCUGUCCCAAGUGCAAGCGGCCGAUUGAAAAGAACCAAGGCUGCAUGCACAUGACUUGCACUCCACCAUGCAAGUUUGAGUUUUGCUGGUUGUGUCUUGGUCAAUGGUCGGACCAUGGUGAGAGAACUGGAGGUUUCUAUGCAUGCAACCGUUAUGAAGCAGCAAAACAAGAGGGAGUGUAUGAUGAAUCGGAAAGGAGGAGGGAGAUGGCCAAGAACUCCUUGGAAAGAUACACUCAUUAUUAUGAGCGAUGGGCAUCCAACCAAUCGUCAAGGCAAAAAGCAAUGGCGGAUCUGCAUCAAAUGCAAAGUGUACAUCUUGAGAAGCUUAGUGAAGUUCAAUGCCAGCCUGAGUCACAAUUGAAGUUCAUAAUUGAAGCUUGGCAACAGAUAGUUGAAUGCAGAAAGGUUCUUAAAUGGACUUAUGCAUAUGGAUUCUAUCUACCUGAGGCAGAACAUACAAAAAAACAGUUCUUUGAGUAUUUGCAAGGUGAGGCGGAAGCUGGUCUGGAGAGGCUUCAUCAGUGUGCAGAGAAAGAGCUAAUGAAUUACCUGAAUUCUGAGGGGCCAUCAAAAGAUUUUAAUGACUUCCGCACCAAACUUGCUGGCCUGACAAGCGUGACUCGGAACUACUUUGAAAACCUGGUUAGAGCACUGGAGAAUGGGCUUUCAGACGUAGAUUCACAGGCAGUGUGCAACAAGAUGAGCUCAAAAACCGCAGCAGGGACUAGCAAGAGCAAAGGCGGAAGAGGGAAAGGAUCUUCCAAGACGGGCACAUCAGUCAGAAACGCAGAUGAUUUAGGAAGUUGGGCAUGUGACAAGUGUACGUAUAUGAAUGCUCGAUCCGCAGUUGCAUGCCAUGUGUGUAACCACCGUCGUUGAGCUAUAUACUCUGGAGGCACAAAACGGAAACCUCCCAAGUAGCAUGUUGUUUUGUUGUGAGAUGCACUGGACGACGACGGUAGCACCAGUUGAGUGUUGGGUGUUGUUUUAUUAUCUAUAUUUUCUGUAAAUAAUCCUUGUAUUAUGGUAAAAUGGAAGUUACCUUGUGACUUGUUCACACAAGUACAUUAUUAUUAGAUAAAAGAAGAGAAAAAAAAAAUGUAUCAGCAAUAUACUUCCAAGCUGCAUGAUAUUGUGCUUGUUAUAACA